GUUGGUCUUACUAACUGCAGCUAUGGUGCAGAAGUAUCAAUCCCCUGUACGGGUGUAUAAACACCCUUUUGAGUUAAUUAUGGCUGCAUAUGAAAGAAGGUUUCCUACAUGUCCUCUGAUCCCUAUGUUUGUAGCCAGUGACACUGUAAACGAAUACAAGAGUGAGGAUGAAGCUAUCCAUGUGAUUGAACGGCGCUGUAAGCUGGACAUAGAUGCACCACGGCUAUUGAAAAAGAUUGCAGGAGUGGAUUAUGUCUACUUUGUCCAGAAGAAUUCUUUGAACAGACGAGAAAGGACUUUGCAUAUAGAAGCCUACAAUGAAACCUUCUCUAAUAGAGUCAUUAUUAACGAACACUGCUGUUACACAGUUCAUCCUGACAAUGAAGACUGGACCUGUUUUGAACAGUCAGCAAGUCUGGAUAUAAAAUCUUUUUUUGGUUUUGAAAGCACAGUGGAAAAGAUUGCCAUGAAGCAGUACACCAGCAAUAUUAAAAAGGGAAAAGAGAUAAUAGAAUACUACCUGAAGCAGCUGGAGGAAGAAGGAAUAACUUUUGUUCCUCGUUGGACUCCGCCUGUUGCAUGUAAAUUGGAGAGCAGCACAUCUCACACAAGACGACCGGUUUCACCCGCCAUUAAUAUACCAGACUCUGCCACAAAGGAGGGCUUGAACAAUAAGGAGAUCCUCAACACCUCAAGCAGCCCCUCGGAGCCCACAGCAGGAACGCCUGACGCUGACAAGCUAGACGCAGACUACAUCAAGCGGUAUCUGGGUGACUUGACACCAAUGCAGGAAAGCUGCCUCAUUCGACUGAGACAGUGGCUCCAGGAGACGCACAAGGGCAAAAUCCCAAAGGAUGAGCACAUUUUAAGAUUCCUGCGUGCCCGGGACUUCAACAUUGAUAAAGCAAGAGAGAUCCUUUGUCAGUCGCUGACAUGGCGUAAGCAGCACCAGGUAGACUAUAUUCUAGACACCUGGAACCCUCCUCAAGUUCUCCAAGAUUACUAUGCAGGAGGCUGGCAUCACCAUGACAAAGAUGGUCGGCCGCUGUAUGUGCUAAGAUUGGGACAGAUGGAUACCAAAGGCUUAGUGCGAGCUCUUGGGGAAGAGGCCUUGCUUCGAUACGUUCUUUCAAUAAAUGAAGAAGGACUGAGGCGAUGUGAGGAGAAUACAAAAGUAUUUGGCAGACCAAUAAGCUCUUGGACCUGUCUAGUAGAUCUAGAAGGCUUGAACAUGCGGCAUUUAUGGAGACCUGGUGUCAAAGCAUUGCUAAGAAUCAUUGAGGUGGUUGAAGCUAAUUACCCUGAGACUUUGGGUCGUCUUCUAAUCCUAAGAGCACCUCGAGUAUUCCCAGUUCUUUGGACACUGGUUAGUCCAUUCAUUGAUGACAACACUAGAAAGAAAUUCCUUAUUUAUGCUGGAAAUGACUACCAGGGUCCAGGGGGACUGCUGGAUUACAUCGAUAAAGAAAUUAUCCCUGAUUUUCUUGGUGGAGAGUGCAUGUGUGAAGUGCCAGAGGGUGGGCUGGUUCCCAAGUCCCUCUACAGGACAGCUGAAGAGUUGGAAAAUGAAGACAUAAAGCUUUGGACUGAAACAAUCUACCAGUCUGCAAGUGUCUUCAAAGGAGCUCCGCAUGAGGUUCUCAUUCAGAUUGUGGAUGCCUCAUCUGUGAUCACAUGGGAUUUUGAUGUGUGCAAGGGCGACAUUGUUUUUAACAUCUUUCAUUCCAAAAGAGCCCCACAGCCUCCUAAAAAGGACUCUCUGGGAGCUCACAGUAUUACAUCUCCUGGUGGGAACAACGUCCAGCUGAUAGACAAAGUUUGGCAAUUGGGGCGUGAUUACAGUAUGGUGGAGUCUCCUCUUAUCUGCAAAGAAGGGGAGAGUGUGCAGGGAUCGCAUGUGACCAGGUGGCCUGGCUUCUAUAUUCUCCAGUGGAAAUUUCAUAGCAUGCCUGCCUGUGCUACAACCAACCUGCCUCGUGUGGAUGAUGUAUUAGCAUCUCUACAGGUCUCCUCUCACAAAUGUAAAGUGAUGUACUAUACAGAAGUAAUAGGAUCUGAAGAUUUCAGGGGAUCUAUGACCAGCCUUGAAUCAAGCCACAGUGGAUUCUCCCAGCUCAGUGCUGCCACCACCUCUUCUAGCCAGUCCCAUUCCAGCUCCAUGAUUUCCAGGUAGUGCCACAACAGAUGAAAAGCAAAUGGAUGAGAUGGCUGGACCCUCGCCUGUGGCAGCUGACUGCAAUACAGCAUAUUCAACUGGCAAUUGCGCAAAAAAACCCCACCCCACAAAAGCCUUUUAUAGAUAGUAAAGUAGCUGUUUGAAUUUUAAACUUAGCAUUUUUGGUCCUUGUUAGAUCCAACAGCUUGUCUCUUAACUUUAACCCUUUUUCCUAACUCAGCCAUAAAUAUUUUUGCAAGUGUGCUUGCACAAAUCCUAACUCUGAACACAAGGGCUCUCACUGAAAGGAAAAAUAACCAGUGCAUCAGUGAAGAAUAAUUUUUUUAACUGUGUAAAUGUUAAAAAGCAAAAAAGAGAAAAACCCUACCAAAAAUGCUCUGUAGUGCAUUAGAGAUCAACUGCAAGUCUCCUGUCAGGACAUUCCUUGCCAUGUUAAGAAAUCCCCUGUGAUCUUCCAGUGCUGCAAACUGUUCUCCCAUUGCCACUAAGUGAUGUCCGAGACAAAAGAAAAGCAGUUGCUGGAUACUUGACUUUGUGAGUCCAUUUUUUUCAAAGCAUGCCCACAGAGCUGUGGCCACGCUGUAAACACUAAUACCUUUUGUAUGAGCACAUUUUUGGGGAAUUUGAGCUCUCGGUCUUGAUGGGUUAAAGCAAUUCAUUCUUUCCUUGGAUUUGCGCUUGAAGCACUGCGGAGAGAGAGGCAGAGAGCAGAUUCUCCCUCACUGUGUCACGCUGGGCUGAUCCAGAAAUGCUCUGAGGAUUUGUUCCCAGCUCUGUGCUGGAGCCUCACUCCACUUCCGUAGUACACUCCACAAGAAUUGAUUUUACUGAGACUAUGAUCUUAUCAGGAAUUUAUGCAGAGCUUAAGCUUGCUUCUUAAAUCAGUCUAAAGGAGGUAUGGCUUACAUUCUUCCUGUGCACUUUUCAAUCCCUCUUGCCUCCUGUCUUUCCCUGUGUGUAUCGGAGUGCUUUAGUUCUGAGCAGCGGAAGCUUUAAUGUAGGCAGGGAGCACGGGGAUCUUCACUCUAAGUGGUACAGUAGAAGACGCUCUAAGCAGUGCCUGCUCGACUGUUUCCACUAUUGCUACUGCCAGUGCUGAAUUGCCAUUUUGGAUUUUGUCCCUAUUCUACCCAGGCCCAAGCAAUCCUGCUUGAACUCUUUUUGUUAAAGUCUGUUCAGGUAUUCUUCCACUUCGAGACCUCUCUCCCACACACAGCAAAAGGCACAAAAGACUGAAGUGCUGGGCAAAGGGCUGUCAGCAGACAACUUACAGACCAUACCUGGCAGCGGAGCAGAGAAAAUUUUGGUCUGAAAUGCAGAAGGAUUUGCAUAGUUAGACCCUGCUUGGUCUUCCCUCACCCUCUUAGAGCUAAACUAUCCAUCCAGGCAAAAGGAGCUACUGUGCUGGCCGCAGUUCCUGCUGGAAAGCUGGAUAGGCUCUAUUUUAAGUCUUGGGGAAGCAGCACUGCUGUGGUCAAGGAUCUUGUGGAGGUAUUGCACUGUCAAAGCAGAAUUCACUUAAGAUACUGGAUGCCCUGCCUGAGGAAAGCUGGUUCUGAACUCAGUAUAAAUCUUUUUUAUGACUGCAAAGCUUCUGAGAGGCAGGUUACUAACCUCUAACUAAGAGCACCUCUUCUGCGGACCAGUUCUGGCUGUGGAAUGUGGCACAGAGCUGACAAAGAAGUAUUUUAGUAACAGAUUUAGAGGUGCUGAGAGGCCAGUCUCCUGAAACCGAACCAAGCUGGUCUCUUUUGUCUUUUUUUUGACUUAGAAAUUGAAGAUGGAGGUUAGACUGUUACUUAGGCUGCUGAAGUGCGCUGUUGUGCAAGACAGGCCACCGCUUUGGUGUCAAGCAGGUCCCCACUCAGCGUCUGCACAGCAGACAGCCAUGUGCUGUGGCUCUCGAGCUGCUCGUGCGAGCUGUCUUGCCUAGGAGGAGCCCAGCUUGCUGAAGAGGUGGUUUGAUUCUUGACACGCGGGAACCAGUAUUCCCAGGUGCAGGGGAGCUAGUGCAGCAGGAGGCACCGUGAGCUUAACCUAAUGACACUCAUGGCUCUUUGCAAAUGCCGCUUUCCAUUUACCAGGCUGUAAGGGUUGAAGAUGGUCCCCUUUCUUUCUCUCUCUCUCUCAGAUGGCGAUUUUGCUGACAACUGUAAAGAAAAUGCUUCAUUCAACACUCCACAUCUGUCCAGAGGUGUCUGGCUUUGUAGACCUUUUUGAGUUGCAGUCACUUUCCAAGUCUGAAGAUUUAUAUUUUGUUUUUCACUUGAGCUGGCUCAAAAGUGGCACUUUGGGUUUUUCCUGCUGUUAAUACAUCUCUUAGAGCUCAAAGCACAUGACAGCACAAACAGCUGGGGAGAGAAAAUUCCAGAAAAACAAUAGUUAAUCCUCCUCUAAGCAAAGUGCUGUGGCAAUAUGACUUGAUCACUGCAGUCUGACUAAUUAAUUUCCCAUACCCUGGUCUUUCUUUGUGUGAUACUAUUGCUCUUCUUCCUUCUCUCAGCCAAUGAAUCUCCUGUUGGCUUUUCUCCUGUUAUCAGUGUCCUUCCGCACUUUCCUGUCUGUACUCACAAACUGCAUAUCAAAUUCUGUAAAUGUUUUGUAUACAUAAUACCUCAUUCUUGGUAAUAAAAUACAGAUAGUCUUUAAAAGAUUUUUUUAUUGUUAUCAA